AUGAAGGCGCUUCUGUUGCUGGUCCUGCCGUGGCUCAGCCCUGCCAACUACAUUGACAAUAUGGGCCACCUGCACUUCCUGUACUCGGAACUCUGCAAAGGCGCCUCCCACUAUGGCCUGACCAAGGACAGGAAGAGGCGCUCCCAGGAUGGCUGUGCGGACGGCUGUGCGAGCCUCGAGGCCACGACACUCUUCCCGGAGGUUUCGGCAGCUGCCACCAUCGCCUUAAUGACAGACGAGCCUGGCCUGGACAACCCUGCCUACGUGUCCGCGGCAGAGGAUGGGCCGCCAGCAGGCAGCCCAUCAGACUUUGGCCGGAGCAACCGAACGAGGGCACGGCCCUUCGAGCGGUCCUCCAUCAGAAGCAGAUCGUUUAAAAAAAUAAACCGAGCUUUGAGUGUUCUGCGAAGGACAAAGAGUGGAAGCGUGGUUGCCAAUCAAGCUGACGAGGGCGGAGAAAACUCUGAAAGCACCACUCCCCCUGAAGUCUUUCCAAGGUUGUAUCACCUGAUUCCAGACGGUGAAAUUACCAGCAUCAAGAUUAAUCGAGUGGAUCCCAGUGAAAGCCUCUCCAUGAGGCUUGUGGGAGGCAGUGAAACCCCCCUGGUCCAUAUCAUUAUCCAGCACAUCUAUCGUGACGGGGUGAUUGCCAGAGACGGCCGGCUACUGCCAGGAGACAUCAUACUAAAGGUCAACGGGAUGGACAUCAGCAACGUCCGCCACAGCUACGCCGUGCGCCUGCUGCGGCAGCCCUGCCGGGCGCUGUGGCUCACGGUGCUGCGGGAGCAGAAGUUCCGGAGCAGGAGCAGCGGGCCGGCGCCGGACAGCCACGGGCCCCGCGACGACAGCUUCCACGUGGUUCUCCACAAGAGCAGCCCCGAGGAGCAGCUCGGCAUAAAACUGGUGCGCAGGGUGGACGAGCCCGGCGUGUUCAUUUUCAACGUGUUGGACGGCGGGGUGGCGGACCGAGACGGCCAGCUGGAGGAGAACGACCGCGUGCUAGCCAUCAAUGGACAUGACCUCCGAUACGGCAGCCCCGAGAGCGCGGCUCAUCUCAUCCAGGCCAGUGAAAGGCGCAUCCACCUCGUCGUGUCCCGCCAGGCCCGUCAGCAGAGUCCUGACAUCUUUCAGGAAGCCGGCUGGAGCAGCAACGGCAGCCGGUCCUCGGGGCCAGGGGACAGGAGCCACAACCCCAAGCACCUCCCUCUUGCAGUCACUUGUCAUGAGAAGGUCGUUAGUAUCCGAAAAGACCCCAGCGAAUCUCUUGGGAUGACUGUUUCAGGGGGAGCAUCACACAGUGAGUGGGAUUUGCCUAUCUACGUCAUCAGUGUUGAACCCGGAGGAGUCAUAAGCAGAGAUGGAAGAAUAAAAACAGGUGACAUUUUGUUGAAUGUGAAUGGGGUUGAACUAACAGAGGUCAGCCGGAACAAGGCCGUUGCAUUAUUGAAAAGCACAUCCUCCUCGAUGGUUCUUAAAGCUUUGGAAGUCAAACAAUGUGAGUCCCAGGAAGAAUGCAACAGCCCAACAGCUCUGGACUCCAACCACAACAUGGCCCCACCCAGUGACUGGUCCCCCUCCUGGGUCAUGUGGCUGGAAUUACCAUGGUACCUGUAUAACUGCAAAGAUGUUGUAUUACGAAGAAACACAGCUGGAAGUCUGGGCUUCUGCAUUGUAGGAGGUUAUGAAGAAUACAAUGGGAACAAACCUUUUUUUAUCAAAUCCAUUGUUGAAGGAACACCAGCAUAUAAUGAUGGAAGAAUUAGAUGUGGUGACAUUCUUCUUGCUGUCAAUGGUAAAAGUACAUCUGGAAUGAUACAUGCUUGCUUGGCAAGGAUGUUAAAAGAACUUAAAGGGAAAAUCACUCUCACUAUCGUUUCUUGGCCUGGCACAUUUUUAUAG